UACAAUCUGCAUUCUGAGUCACUUUGGUGCGAAAGGACCAAGGUCUUGUUUCUCUGCAUCCCAUGCAUUGAAAUGUUGCUCAUAGUGCCAGGCUAGAGCAUUGCCUCCACCUUGCAGAAUCCACAUGAGCAAUAACUGUACACUCUCUAUUCCUUAAGUUCUUCGUUUCCAGAUGAUGCUUAUAUGAAUGGUGCUCACUGCUGUCGGAAGCAGCAGAAGUUGGCAAGUUCCUGGACGUAAGUAACACUGUAGCACUGGAGGGAGCAGCUCGUCUCUGACUCGUUUUAUUUCUGUGGAUAGAUGUCUCACUAAAUCCUAUCAGUGUUUUAACUGCCCUUGCAGGAAGAAAUGUUGGAUACCUGAUGAUUAUUAGUCAUUCACUAAGCCAGUCUGAAUGGAACCUUAUACUAAGCCAGUUUGAUUGGACCCUUUUACUAAGCCAGUUUGAAUGGACCUUUACCAUCACCUUCAUCUGAAUUCUUCAGUGUAAUGCCAGUGUGAAUUUCAGUAAGGCGAGCCAUAAUCUGGCAGCACUGUUAAUACUUGGCCAGGUAGUCAUAUUAUAUCUCUGUUUUUGCUGGGCUCUGAACCUGCUGCAUGAUCACUCCCACGUUUCUUCACAAGUAGACCUCUGGAGUUGCAAUGACUGCCUUUUUGGGGGUUAUGUCUGAAUCUUCAUCUGGUCCAGAGAUGGAUAAUGAGUCUAUAUUUGCCUUUAAUGAUUCCUGUCUUGGGGGAAUGCUGUAUCCAUGUACCAAUAUGUCAGACCUGGAAGAGUAUGAAGACCCCCCACGACCACCUCAGCUGGUGGAUGCAUGGCUAGUGCCAUUAUUUUUUGCCAUGCUGAUGUUAGUAGGACUGUCUGGAAAUUCUCUGGUCAUUUACGUAAUCUCCAAGCACAAGCAAAUGAGAACCGUCACCAACUUCUAUAUAGCUAAUCUAGCUGCAACGGAUAUAAUUUUCCUUGUUUCCUGUGUGCCUUUCACAGCUGCGCUUUAUCCCCUACCUGGCUGGAUAUUUGGGGAAUUUAUGUGCAAGUUUGUCAACUACAUCCAGCAGGUGUCAGUACAAGCCACCUGUGUCACUCUGACAGCUAUGAGUGUGGAUCGUUGGUAUGUCACUGUGUAUCCAUUGCAGUCUCUGCGUCAAAGAACACCACGUGUAGCUGCAGCAGUUAGUAUGGGAAUCUGGAUUGGUUCCUUCAUUGUUUCUAUCCCAGUUCCUAUCUAUAAUCAACUUGUAGAAGGUUAUUGGUUUGGACCACAGAUAUACUGCAGUGAAUCAUUCCCAUCGGUAUCACAUGAGAAAGCUUUCAUCCUCUACAACUUUCUGGUGGUCUACUUGCUGCCAUUGAUCACGAUCUGUGUCUGUUACUCUGCCAUGGUAUACCAGAUGGGUCGUCCGUCUGUGGAGCCAAUCGAUAAUAGCUACCAGGUGCAGCUACUAGCUGAGAGAUCUGAAAUGAUGCGUACAAAGAUAUCACGUAUGGUGGCUGUAAUCGUCCUGCUGUUCACAAUCUGUUGGGGACCCAUCCAGCUAUACAUACUAUUUCAAGCUUUUAGUCCCAGCUUUAAACGGGACUACUACACCUACAAAGUGAAGAUUUGGGCAAACUGCAUGUCUUACACCAACUCAUCAAUCAACCCUAUUGUAUAUGCUUUCAUGGGAGCUAACUUCCGCAAGGCCUUCAAUAAGGUCUUCCCCUUCCUUUUCAAGCAACGAGUGGGGAGUACUGGAGUGGCUAAUGCCAACGUGAAUACGGAAAUGCAAUUUGUGUCCUCAGGCACAUAAAAUUCAAAUGGACUCAUAUUGGACCAGCAAACAUGGAACAACUGUAUUAUAUUGUCAUAUCAGGCAUUGUUUACACGAGGAAGCAACCAUGAAAUCAGGUCUACAAACCACAUCUGCCUCAUAAUUUUAUUAUAUUAUAUACAUAUGUGAGACUUAUGAAGUAAUUUCCCUGACUAUGAACCCUUUCUGAAAGGUUUAUUUUACUUGACUACCAUGACAACCAAUAAUACAUUCCUAAAAGAUGGGCAGGUAUAUUAAGUUGCUGCAUUGGAAUGAAAUAGAACAAUGAAUCAUCUUAACUGGUAUAAGAUGAAUUAUCUAAAUGCCAAAUAAGUAUUGGGGGAUUUUGACUAUUGUCUAAAAAUACUGUAUAAUAUCAACUUUUUGAUGGAAUUGUAUAACUAAUGAUAAAUUGUAAAUAUGUUUUUUCUCCAUCGAGCCCAGUCACUGAGCUAAGACAGACCACGGGUUAGCAUAGAAAUUGAACUUAGCACCUGAUUGUUUGAAAACAGGCAAAAUUACACUUUAAGGGGCAGAUUUAUUAAGGGUUGAAUUUAAAAUUCGAAUUA